CUUAAUCUUUCUUCUGCCCUUGUGUCUGCAAAGGUCUUUAUUGGUUUACUUGCCUUCUGUUUUUUCACAAAAUCCUUGACGGGGGCUUACACCAAAAGCACCAUCACCCAGAUUGAGAGGCGGUUUGAGAUCCCAAGCUCCACUGUUGGUAUCAUCGAUGGCAGCUUUGAAAUGGGUAAUCUGUUGGUCAUUACUGUUGUUAGCUACUUUGGCGCUAAGUUUCACAGGCCCAAGAUUAUUGGAGCAGGGGUCCUGUUGAUGGGUAUAGGGACUCUAAUAAUGGCUUUACCUCACUUCAUCAUGAGCCGGUACAUGUACGAUAAAGCUGCCGCCCACACUAAUGAUCCUGCUAAUUUCACAAUGAGCUCCACAUUCUCAUCUGACACCCAGAAUACUGUUCAACAGCUUGUUUCCGGGUGUCUAAAAGGGGAAGUGGAAAGCUCACCCACAUGGGUGAUUGUACUGUUUGGAAACAUCUUGCGUGGCAUUGGGGAAGCCGGCAUUGGCCCUCUGGGAAUGUCAUUCAUAGAUGAUUAUGCACGCCCAGGAAACUCUGCUUUUUACAUUGGUUGUCUGCACACAUUUGGAGUGAUUGGGCCAAUUUUCGGUUACUCACUUGGAUCUCUGUGUGCUAGUCUCUAUGUGGAUAUAGGCUUAGUGGAUCAAGAGAGUGUGACCAUCACCCCUCAAGACUCUCGCUGGGUUGGGGCCUGGUGGUUGGGUUAUGUGGUUUCUGGGCUAUUGACUCUUCUUGCUGCUUUGCCUCUUUGGUUCCUGCCAAGAGCUUUACCUGAAAACCCCCAAACCUCUAAAGCAUAUCACCCCUCAAAUGAACACAAGCACACACUCAGCAUUACAGAAAUUGCCAAAGAUUUUUGGCCAUCUAUAAAGCAUCUGCUCACCAAUAGGAUCUAUCUCCUGUACCUGGUUAGCAGUGUGUUGGCAUUCAAUGCCUUUGCCAUUACCAUAACAUACACACCAAAGUAUUUGGAGCAGCAGUUUGGACAAAGUGCAUCAAAGACCAAUUUUCUCAUAGGAGUGAUAUCUAUUCCGGCAGUGGCUCUGGGAAUGUUCGUGAGUGGUUGGAUAAUGAAGAGGUUUAAACUAGGUCUGCUGGGAUCUGCAAGACUGGUGUUCUUCACCUCUGUAACCUCACUGGUUUGCAUAAUACCUUACUUUGCUCUCAGCUGUGAAAACAUAGAUGUCGCUGGGGUCACAGUGCCCUAUCAAAGAUCUAUUGAACUUCAAGAUAUAAGCUGUGAUUUACUCAGUUCUUGCAAUGCUGACUGUGGGUGUCCCGACUUCCUAUGGGAUCCAGUGUGUGGACAGAAUGGAGUGACCUACAUCUCUCCUUGUCACGCUGGCUGCAAUUCCAGUUGGGGCACAAGACAGAAUAUGACAUUCCAUGGCUGUACAUGUAUCCAGAGCUGGGGACUGACUUCUGGGAAUUCCUCUGCAGUGCUUGGACAGUGUCCGCGAGAGAGGAGCUGCACUAAAAUGUUCUACAUCUAUCUGGCACUGCAGUCUUUAGCCUUCUUUGUGUACUGUCUGGGCACUGUUCCUUUCUUCCUCAUCUCAUUGAGGAUUGUGGAUCCUGUUCUGAAGUCUCUCUCAGUGGGAAUAUUGCUGUUAGUUUUAAGAGUUUUUGGUGGUAUUCCUGCUCCCAUUUGCUUUGGAGCUCUUAUUGACGUGACCUGUCUGAAAUGGGGCCAAAAUAAAUGCGGUGGAAGAGGUGCAUGCAGAAUGUAUGACAUUGAAACUUUCAGGUACCUAUUUCUGGGACUGGUCAGCUCUCUUCAGGCAUUUAGCUAUACCCUUUUAUGGAUUUUCACCACACAGAUUAAGAGGAAAGUGCAGAACGAUGAGCAAAUGUCCAAGGACAUAGAACUCCAAUACCCUGUGCUAUGUGACACAGAACAGGAAAAUAAUGUAAAAUAAUGUUCUGCAUUUUUUUUUUUCCUUUAUUUUUCCUGGGUCAUUUUUAAAACAUGAUGACAAACAUUUAUUAUUUUAUUUCUGUUGCUAGGUGCAUAAAAAUCAUGCUAUUCAUCUGGUGGACCAAUUAUUUAAUUUUUUUGUAUUAUUUAAUUCAUUUAUAAUAAAAAAAAGUCAUAUUGUUGUUAUAAAUUACUGAUUGUUUAAAAAAAAAAAACUGAACCGAAGUAGGGACUGUCCAAAUGUGCACAUGGUGAUUUACCCACCAGUACGUAAAUGUUGUAAAUAUAACUUUCUUUCUAACUUGGUUACUGUCAUU